GGACCUUGUUCUUGUGUCCGUGUUUGCUUAAGCCUGCCGGUAGCCCGGGCGGUUUUAACAUUGGCACGGCCAGAUAUGUGUUUGUUGGUUUGUUGCUGCAAUCAAGGAAGAGGCUGAAAUCCGGAGUGGCUCAUGGAGGAGUCUCCAGACAAGGAAGAAGUGAGAGGUGAUCUUCGGGGGCCCGUGUCUGCUGGCUUGGACACGCUGAGGGUGUGUGUGUGUGUGUGUGUGUGCGUGGAUGUUUGUAUGGAUAAGCUCGACUGCACGCUGAUUUAGGACCCCGGCCAGAUGGAGAAGAGAGACAGGAAGCCGGGAUAUUUUGCCAGGCUGAAGAAGCGGAGACAGCUCAAGCAGAGCCAGUCAGACAAGAACGUGAGCGAGCAGAACCCGGCCAUCAUCUCCUGUCCCGGCAUCCCGCAUCAGAGCGAUCCCAGCAAGAAGACGGACCCACAGAGAGUCACAGCAAAGCCCACUGCAGGUUUAGAUUACGGUUUGCAGUCAUCCUUUGCCUCCAGUCAUUUUUAUGUUGCUCUCCCAGAUGAUGGCCGUAAAAGGAACAAUCAGGCAAAGAUGGAGAAGAAGAGGCCACCAGGAACGGUGGAGUUUAUUGUGGGACCUGACGAUUCCCUGAGCAGCAUCGCGCUCAAGUUCAACAUCACCCCCAACAACCUGGUGCAGCUGAACAAGCUCUUCUCUCGCAGCGUGUACCCUGGUCAGAAACUGUUUGUCCCCGACGUGAGCCAGUCAGAAACAGAUGUGAAGUCUCCGAGUUCCUCUGAUCCCUCCUUGAGUAAUGGGCUGCCUGAGAAGUCUGCACACGAUGGCGUCUCCAGCUGCAAAUCAUCAAUGUCCAUUCGCCGCGAGCUGUCGCCAAACUCGGAGGACGAGAGUCCGGCAACGGUUAAAUUCAUCAAGAUGAGCUGCAAGUACUUCACGGAUGGCAUGGGAGUUGUGGGAGGCGUGUUAAUUGUGACACCCAACAACAUCAUGUUCGACCCCCACAAGUCGGACCCCCUGGUGAUCGAGCACGGCUGUGAGGAGUACGGCCUCAUCUGCCCCAUGGAGGAGGUCGUGUCCGUAGCGCUGUACGACGACGUGUCGCGCAUGAAGCUCAAGGACGCUCUGCCAUCAGACCUACCGCAGGAUCUGUGCCCUGUGUACAGGCCCGGCGAGUGGGAGCAGCUGCCGUCAGAGCGGGAACUCAACCCCUUCAGCCGCUACGAAGCUCUGGAUCCGAAGAGACCAAUAGUUUUGGAUGACAUCGAGUCAACCCUCUCUGAAACUGGAAGUACAGAGUGUGAGCAGACAGAGAAGUCUCCGUCUGAUGAGGGAUUCACCGAACUGGAGCCUACUGUCAACGGCAGCACAGAGGACGCAGAAGGGACCUCCUCCAAAACACUCAGCGCUGUCACCAGGGACCAAGGUAGGGGAGACUCUCGGGACAGGACAACGAAAGGGAAGCUGGAUGACGAAGAGGACGAAGGCGUCGCUCAGAACAGCUCCAUCGAGGAUGUAGAGUCGAUACAGUCCUCCUCCGAGACUGAAAAGCGGGGCGACGCGCACGUUAAACCGACGAGCCGAGAGGUGACUGAGACCAAAGAUGUGAAAACCAAGGGAACCGAAGAGCUGCUAAACGGCGUCGACGAUAAAAUAAUCGGCGAACCGUUGGACCAAGACGAGAACACGGGUCUGAAGGAGGCGUCUGGGGUUUGUGGGAAGAGACAAAGCGCCGACGGACCGGCGGGAGGAGAGGAGCUCAGUGAGGAGGAGAGACGGAAGAAAAACUAUGAGGAAGAGAUGAAGUCCUGGCUACUGGAGAGGAUGCAGGCUCCAAUAGAAGACAUGCUUUUGUCAUCAGAGGAGAAGAGCAAAAACCCGCCCAUGUUCCUCUGCUUCAAAGUUGGAAAGCCAAUGAGAAAGUCCUUCGCCACCAGCAUGACCUCUAGCCCCGCCCACUCAUUUGGGGCCCGUGGGAAGCAGCCGGAGUAUUGGUUUGCUGUACCACAGGAAAGGGUGGACAAUCUGUACGCUUUUUUCGUUCAGUGGUCUCCCGAUGUGUACGGGAAGGAGGCUCGAGAGCAGGGCUUCGUUGUGGUGGAGAAAGACGAGCUGGACAUGAUCGACAACUUCUUCAGUGACCCCGCAUCCUGCAGCUGGGAGAUCAUCACCAUCGACGAGGCGAAGCGUAGGCAGAGUUUUGGCAGCUACGACGGAGACUUGUCCACGGAUGCGCUGCCCAUACUCAGUGACAGCAGUGAUCUGCUGCAGGACACUCACAUCGAGAAGCUCGUCUGUCGCCUGCCAGCCCGUGUGCAGGGUUAUCCGUGGAGGCUGGCCUACAGCACAGAGAAACACGGGACCAGUCUGAAGACUCUGUACAGAAACCUGGCAGAUGUGGACAGUCCUGUGCUGCUGGUCAUCAAAGACAUGGAUAAUCAGAUAUUUGGGGCAUUUUCAACUCAUCCCUUCAGAGUGAGCGAGCACUGUUAUGGCACUGGAGAGACAUUCCUCUAUAGCUUCUGCCCUGAAAUCAAGGUGUACCGCUGGACGGGAGAGAAUUCCUACUUUGUGAAAGGCAAUACUGAUUCUCUGCAGAUGGGAGGUGGAGGUGGUCAGCUGGGUCUGUGGCUGGACGCCGAGCUUUACCGGGGCACCACCACCAAGUGCGCCACCUUUAACAACCAGCCGCUCUCCUCCCAGCAGGACUUCAACAUCCACAGUCUGGAGGUUUGGACCUUUGAGUAGCCUCAUCUGCUCACGCUGCUUCUACAAUUCACCCUCCGAUCUGCAGCCCCAAAACCUUGAAACACCAGCCCCAAGUCUAUCACGCACCACUUGGAGGCAAACCUAGCUACCUACAAAUGACACUGAGUGUUCUGUGAGAGGAGUCCGGCAGCAGCUUGUGGAGUUUAAAUGUUGACUGACGACAGAGCUGAGACGUUAGUCUUCAGUAGCUUGUUUUGAGGUGACCUGCAGGUGGUCCUUUUAAAGGUGAGAUGAUGUGUUUGUUCUCAGUUUUAUUGGCUGCCUUAGGCAUCAGACUACGCCUCCAGCUUCCCCCCAGCAUGCAGACUGCCUUACCACCAUAAGCUUAUGAGGAGAGAAGGGAGGAGAGGAAGGCUGCUUUUUGACCCUGUGGCUGUGAGGGCUUAAGAAGCCAAUCUGCUGACGUUACUGUGGAGGUUAGUCCGAAAAGAGCUGAUUUUACGUCUGUAUGAAAGAAUAAGGAACGCUGUAUACCCACAGUGCUGUAGGUUUUUUUGUCCAGAAGUAAUUUCUUCGCUUGGGAAUGUACAGAAUUAUGAUUAUUUCCUUUAAUUUAUUAUUAUUAUUAUUAUAUAUUUUUUUUACUUUUUUUUUUUUAACUUGAAGCAAAGCGGAAACACCCAGAGAUGAUUUUAGAUCCUCCACCAUCAAAUUCACUGUCGAUGAGAGAAACUGUUUACAACGGAAGUGUUCGCUUCCCUUGAAGACCGUCUUAUUUUAAGUUUCACUGCAUUUCCUCGCGACCACGUGUUUAUAACUUCAUCAUUCCCUGUACAAUCCAAAACAUCUGGUGGAACCGGAAGAUGUUUGCCAUGACCAAAUAUGCUCUUUUUUUAAAAUUUUAUGUUAGUUUUAAGAUCGUCAUAUUUUAUAAAAUAUGUUGGAUGUUUUAUUUUUUACGUGUUAUUUUUGCAUUCCCUUUUUACAAAGAACGUUGUUUUUUAUGAUUUUGUUUAUAUAGAAAUAUUUCAGUUGACAGUAUUGAAUUCAUAUCUUCACCUGAUGUUGAUUUUCUUUUGUGGUCUUUGUUGUUGAGAUUAGUAGAGGUUUAACUUGAUGUCACUUUGCACUACAGGGUUAAUCUGACACCUGUGUUGUGGCCCUUUUGUAAUUAAUCAUUGCUUCGGUGUAAUAAUGUUACUGAAUGUAGUUCGAUCAAUGCUACAGGAAGGAAGCUGCCCGUCAAACCACAGAUAACAUAGCCUAACAUAACAAUGAAUGGAAAAGGGAUCGUCAAUUUUUGCACUCAGAUAUACCACUAAGUAAAUAUCCUUGUCUACUAACACAGAGAUGAAAUGUUCGUUUGUUCCCUUCGUAUCUGAAGCAGGCUUAUCGUGCAUGAAUGCGCAACACUGCAAAGGUCUGACACCACUGUUAUUGAUACCUGCCAUACUAUCCACUAACGCCAGUUAUCGCUUCAUGUUAAGUGUCGUAACUGUGAAUGCGCCCCAAGUAUUAUUUCUUGUGAAUUGGAAACUGCUGUGUUCUGUGAUAUCACUAAGGAUCUAUUUAUUGCGUUGUUAUUGCAAAAUUGAAACCUAAAUAAAUGUUAAAUAUAUAUAUA